AGGAGGGAAGGUACUAGUUGUUGGGUGGGAAUCUUGCAAAAUAUGAUGCUUGAACUACGUUUUAAAGGAAGGACUCUGAGGUAAGGAGGGAUCCCAAGGAGGGAUGACAAGGCACGGAGUCGGGAGAUUAAACGUUGGGAGUUAGAAAUGGAGAGAAGGCUAGUUGUCCCCAAUUGAGGGUGGAAGGAGAGGGAGGAAUGCUAUACGCAGCCAUAAAUUUGCGCAGUGCAGGAAAAAAGGAAGGAAGGUAUUGUCAGGCACAUUGGAAGAUGGCUCUAAAGAGCAAAGCGCAAGCAUCGUGAGGAGAGCAUGGGGUGGCAGGGUGGCUUCGUUCUGUGCCUGGUAAAGGAGACUUUUGGCAGUAGGUUGACUUCCUGAGUAGUCCAUUUCUUCAGAGAAGCAUUACUUCUUUUUUUUUUUUUUAAUUUUAAUAGCUUUUUUAUUUACAAGUUAUAUGCAUGGGUAAUUUUACAGCAUUGACAAUUGCCAAACCUUUUGUUCUAAUUUUUUUCCUUCCUUCCCCUAGAUGGUAGGAUGACCAAUACAUGUUAAAUAUAUUAAAGUAUAAAUUAAAUACACAAUAAGUAUACAUGACCAAACCGUUACUUUGCUGUACAAAAAGAAUCGGACUCUGAAAUAUUGUACAAUAAGCCUGUGAAGGAAAUCAAACAUGCAGGCAGACAAAAAUAGAGGGAUUGGGAAUUCAAUGUAACCGUUCUUAGUCAUCUCCCAGAGUUCUUUCCCUGGGUGUAGCUGGUUCAGUUCAUUACUGCUCCAAUAGAACUGAUUUGGUUCAUCUCAUGAAGCAUUAGUUCUUGAUGGAGUGCAGUAAUUCCAAAUCCAGUAAUCCCUUUCCACUGGAAUUCCACUUGCAUCUUGAAAAGAGCACUAGGUUCCAAGUAAGAAGCAGCCUGACUUUGGUGGACAAGGUACUCGACUUAGUGGGAGUCAGGAUGUUGUGUACUCAGUGCUUUUUCAGAUAUUUAAUUAUUAUGAGAUCCUGGGCCAGUCAUUUUUCUCCCUCUGAAUAGAGAGUUUUGAUUUGAUAGUUUUUCAGAUCUCUUUGAGGCCUAAAUUAUGAACAGCAUCUCAAAGUCUCCAGUGGCUUUCAUUUAACAAAUGAGGAAACUCAGCUAUACUAACUUGCCCAAGAUGGCACAGCCAAAUUGGGACUUGAAACCAAGUCUGCAUGAUGUCAGCCUAACUUCCCAUCUCACCUGUUUGAUGUCUACUGCUGCUUUGCUCCUCAUGAUGACCUCAUAAAAUUACAGGAUUAAAAAAAAAUUUAUGUUAAUACUUUUUAAAUAUCAUUGUCACUUCUAAAUAACCUGUCAUGACGUCAUGUUUAAAUAAAACAAAUUAACACUAAGCCAAAAAUGAUAGGAUUUAAAAUUGGAAGGUGAAAUAACUUACCGAAAAUGAUGGAGAUAGUAACAAGAUCAAAAUUUAAACCCAAGUCUGGUGGCGUCCAAGUUGAGUGCUCAUUCCAUUAUACCACAUUCAUUCAUUCUUUAAGGCUUCCAUUAUGGCCUUCCCCUGAUGCUCACGAGCUCUUCAGGGGAAAAAAAUGUCUAUAGGACAGGUAUCUUUCUUACCCCUUCUCAUUAAAUUGUGGUUUCCAAUAUUUUCCAUGAUUAGAAGAGGUUCAUUUAAUUUAGUAAAACGUGAUUUAGGGACAGCUAGAUAGUGCAGUGGAUAGAGCACCAAUCCUGAAGUCAGGAGGAGCUGAGUUCAAAUCUGGCUUCAAACACUUAACACUUAACACUUCCUAGCUAUAUGAUUCAGAGCAAGUCAUUUAAACCCAAUUGCACCUCAGCAAAAAAAGAGAGAGAGAGAGAGAGAGAUUUACAUCCAGAAUGGUUUUACAACUUAUAUGAAUGUGAGGAAAGUUAUUUCAACUUUCUCGAGUCUGUUUCCUUAUCUGUAAAAUGGGGGCUAAUAGUACUAGUAUUACCCAGUUUCUCAGGUUGAUUGCAAGGAAAGUUCUGUGUUCAAAAGUUCAUAUACAAAGUUGUAUAUGGGAUCCUAUUACUGAUCUGACUCAUAAGUGAAUGAAUCAGACACUAUUAUGUAUCUUUGCAGGGAAGCUUAAAGGCCUUUUAAUGAUGGAUUUGAAGAAGAAACCACUAGAUACCAGUGAGAGUGACUCUGAGGAGUUACCAACAUUUACCUUUCUGAAACAGAAGCCAUCUUUAACAAAGAGCAGCCAAGUUGUGGUCCACAGCUCAGAUGCUGAAUGUUCCUUUUUAUCUCCAGGGUCAAAAGAACUACCAGUAGUGCAAGAGGCAGCCAGAACUGUUUCCUCCAAAGAGCCAGUUACAGUGCUAAGUAGUGAGAGUGACGAGGAAGGGGAACUUAUUCCUCUGGUACAGAGACUUCAGUACAAAAUAACAAAUAGUUUUCCUAAAGCACAAGAAUCAAGUCAUCAUGAUUCAAGCUCCCAAACUAAAUGUGCUUUGGGCCAUCAACACAAAGAAGGAACAGCAGGUAAAUGGGAAGAACAGCCUUUUCCAAAGGCCCUUGUUCUCUCUAACUCUUCCUCAGUAAAAGAUGCUUCAAAGAAUGAGAGGGACAUUGUUGUUGAAGAAUCAUGCAAUCAUCUUUCAGCCUUCUCAUCUGCCUUCCCAGUGCAGAGUAGAAAUUUAUCAGCCACAGAGGAAAGUUCAGUGCUUUCUCCUCCCCAGAAAAAAAACAAAUACACUCAGAAGGAAAGGGGAAAAGGUUGGCAGGGUCCCUUCCAAACCCCCCCAAAACAGAAGGAAACUGAGAAGAAACAGCAGGAGAGAGAGAAGAAGAAAGCACUGGCCAAUAUGCUAAAAGCACAGAAGCCAGAGGAGUGUCUGAAAUAUGUCACAGUUGUAUUAGAUCCAGCUCUCUUACAGCUUGAAGGUGGUGGUCAGGUCCUCAGUGCUCUGCAAUCUAUGGAGUGUCAUUGUACAGUCGAGGCACAGACCGUUCCAUGUAGCAUUACUUGGAAGAGGAGAGCCAGUGUGUCUCAGACUGGAGAAGGAGAUUUGACCGAAGAGCCGAGUGUUCUGGUGCUGCUCCAGGAAAAGGAGUUUAUGACAAUGAUCUCCAACUCAAAGCAGGACAACCCUGAACAGAAGGAAACUCUGCAGAGCUUUGUAACUUGGGUUACAACAAGGACAUUAGGGAAAACUCUCUCACUGGCAGUCGUGGAACAGGAAAAAUAUUUUAGCUCUUCAAAACCCCCGAGGAGGCAAAAACGGGGAGUCAUGGUGAACAGAGAGCAAGCCAGAGGGAAGGUAAAUCAGAAGAGAUCAAAUAACACAGAAUUCACUCCAACACUGUCCAGGGUAGCAGUAGAAAUGGCUUUGGUGGAGCUGCAACUUCACACAGAAGCCCAGAUUAGAAUCCUAAAGAGCUGGAAGGAGCUGGCUGACUUCAUCUGUAUGUUCACCAAGGCAGUGGCUGAGGCACCCUUCAAGAAAUCUCGGGACUGCACUAAUUUUUCCUUCUGUCUGGCGAGUGACUGGGCUGGAGGGGUAAAGGUGGACAGCUCUGGUAAAGGACUUGCCCUGGUCUGGAGGCGGCAGAUUCAGCAGCUAAACCGAGUUAGCUUGGAGAUGGCCAAUGCAAUUGUAACUGCCUAUCCCUCACCUCAGCUCCUCCUACAAGCAUAUCAGAAGUGUUUAUCUGAGCAAGAAUGUCACAAUCUGCUUGCAGACAUCCAGGUGCGCCGAGGGGAGGGUAUAACAUCUACUUCUCGCCGGGUUGGACCAGAACUCUCUAGGCGCAUCUAUUUUCAGAUGACCACUUUGCAACCAGAUCUCUCUCUGGAUGUCUCAGAAUGAUUCCUAAUCAAAACAGAUGGCUGAAAGCACUCUAGGAUCCUCUUACAGAAAUAAGUGGAAGCAGUGUUCCUGCCAGUUCAGUAUCAUUCUCCUUCUUGAAGGAAGUUAGCAUGACUAAAUACAGGAAGGCAAUCUAGAGAGAGCUGUUCCCCAUUGUCAAUUUAUCAAAUUCUUCCUUAACCAUCAAGUUAGGCAAAAAGUCAAGUCUACAUGCAAAUGGAUCAAAGAUAUCCCACAAGACACUUAUUUUAAUAACAAUUAUAAAAACCUAAAAACAGUCCAUUAUAAAGUUUAAGAAAUUCUAACAAUUGUGAUUGAAAUGGAGUUAAAGCUCUUGGUGGGUUUGUCUGUGGGCUUGCUCACUAUAACCAAUCCCCUCACCUUUUAGAAAGUCACAACAUGGAAUGGAAAUUCCUAUCAGUUGGGCAGGGGUGGAUCCAUUGUAUAACUCUGUAUACUUGCUUAGUUAUAUGCUUAUACAAUAAAGUAAAUAUAGAAAUGGUCCCAGUGCCUGAAGGAAAAAAAUAUUAUAGUCAUUUUCUACUACCACUCAUGACAUGUGUUUCAAAUAAAAAUAGUGAAAAUAGGAACGAAAAAUCAUUUUCUCAAUGCUAGGAAAGCCCUGACAGGUAGGCAAUUCCACAUCACUGUGCUAAAAUACUUGUGUUUUGUCCUUGCAAUUGGUAAUAUCCUCCUCUUAUUCCAGGAGAGGUCUCUUUUUU